AAAGCCACUGAGUGAAGCCUCUUCCGCAAGAUCUGAGGUUUUAGUCACUCCCAAGUAGAGUGUGCGUAAGAACAUCUACUCUCCGAUGGCGGCUGCUACAUUGGUUUCUAACGGCGACCACGCCGCCUUCAAAACUCCGUCCGCCGGCCGACAAGCCGCUGUUUACAGCGAAGUACAGAACAGCCGUCUCGAUCAUCCCCUCCCCUUGCCUUCCGUCCUCAAAAACUCCUUCAAAGUCGUCGACGGUCCACCUAGCUCCGCCGCCGGCAAUCCAGAUGAGAUUGCAAAGUUGUUUCCUAGCCUCUUUGGACAACCAUCAGCAAACUUGGUACCGGGUGAUUCCACGGAUAAUUCGUUGAGUAAGAGUUUGAAGAUUGGGGUGGUCCUAUCUGGAGGACAAGCUCCCGGGGGACACAAUGUUAUUUCUGGAAUUUUCGAUUACUUACAGGAUCGUUGCAAAGGGAGCACAUUAUAUGGAUUCAGGGGUGGACCAGCUGGAAUAAUGAAGGGCAAGUAUGUAGUAUUGACCCCAGAGUUUAUCUAUCCCUACAGAAAUCAGGGUGGGUUCGAUAUGAUAUGCAGUGGUAGAGACAAAAUCGAGACCCCAGAGCAGUUUAAGCAAGCUGAAGACACAUCUGUGAAGCUUGAUUUAGAUGGUCUUGUUGUAAUUGGUGGGGACGACUCAAACACAAAUGCCUGCCUUUUGGCUGAAAAUUUUAGGAGUAAAAAAUUGAAAACAAGCGUCAUUGGGUGUCCGAAGACCAUUGAUGGUGAUCUGAAAAGCAAGGAAGUGCCCAUAAGUUUUGGGUUCGAUACUGCAUGCAAGAUAUAUGCUGAAAUGAUUGGUAAUGUCAUGAUAGAUGCUCGUUCAACUGGAAAAUACUAUCAUUUUGUUCGACUUAUGGGACGUGCCGCUUCUCAUAUCACGUUAGAAUGCGCGUUGCAAACUCAUCCAAAUAUUACUCUUAUUGGAGAAGAGGUUGCUGAAAAGAAGCAGACCCUUAAAAAUGUCACAGACUACAUUGCCGAUGUGAUCUGCAAACGUGCAGAGCUGGGUUACAACUAUGGUGUCAUACUCAUUCCCGAAGGACUUAUUGAUUUCAUUCCAGAGGUUCAGCUGCUCAUCUCCGAAUUAAACGAGAUUUUGGCCCAUGAAGUUGUGGAUGAAGCUGGUGUUUGGAAAAAGAAACUCACCCCUUCCUCUCUCCAGCUUUUUGAUCUCUUACCCUCAGCAAUCCAGGAUCAAUUGAUGCUUGAGAGAGAUCCCCAUGGAAAUGUCCAGGUUGCCAAAAUUGAAACUGAGAAAAUGCUUAUUCAAAUGGUUGAAACUGAGUUGGAGUUGAGGAAACAAAUUGCUGCAUACAAGGGUCAAUUCAAAGGGCAGUCUCACUUUUUCGGGUAUGAGGGAAGAUGUGGGUUACCAUCUAAUUUUGAUUCCACAUACUGCUAUGCUUUAGGUUACGCCGCUGGUGCGCUACUUAAUACUGGGAAAUCGGGAUUAAUAUCCUCGGUGGGUAACUUGGCUGCUCCAGUGUCUGAAUGGACUGUUGGUGGAACUCCGUUGACUUCCCUAAUGGACGUCGAAAGGAGGCACGGUAAGUUCAAGCCUGUGAUAAAGAAGGCAAUGGUUGAGCUCGAAGGUGCCCCAUUCAAGAAAUUUGUAUCCAUGCGGGAAGAGUGGGCUCUAAAAAACCGAUAUUUGAAUCCCGGUCCCAUUCAAUUUGUCGGCCCAGCAUCUGAUAAUCUCAAUCACACCUUACUGCUGGAACUCGGAGCUCAAGUAUGAAUGUGAGUGCAUUUGCUCUUCCUUUUGCGACCCUUAUUACAAAUUUGUUUGAGUUUUUUUAAUCCUAGAGAUAAUCUCGACUCACAUCGCCACUUUUAUUUUUUCUGAAAAUGUAACUUAUGUUUAUGACCUUUUAAUUGGACUAAUAAAUGAAAUAAAAUCAAUCUUUGAACAU